AUGUCUAGCAGUUACAAGCGCAGUGGUCACAGCAGCAGCAGCAGCGGCAGCAACAGCAGCAGCAGCAGCAGCGACAGGGACACCUUAGUAGCAAGUGCUGCGGCAGCAGCACCAGAACCUAGGAGCAGCAGCGGUAUAGCAGCAGCUAAAGCAGCAAACGUAGAAGCAGAGGGGGAUGCAGCAGCAGCAACAGCACAUGUGAUGACCUCGGGAGAAGUAGAAGCACCAAGAGCAGCGGACAUAGCAGCAGCAGCGGUUGCAGCAGCAGCAGCAGCAGCAGCACAUGUAGCAGCAGCAGCAGCAGCUCUCUAG